CUUAUAACAUAGGUACACAAAAUAACACAGUGUCAGUGUGAUAUACAUAGACCAAACAUAGACUUUCUGUGAAGAGCUUUCAGUCUUUUCAGUAAUAUUUUUUAUUACUGUGUACUAGUUUGGUAGGUAUGUACCUACUAUCGGAAUUGAUUUCACAAUUCUGCUGUUAAAUUGAAUACCAUAAGAAGAUAGAAGGGCAGACUACACGAGAUGAUGCUGUGGCCUGUUGCUGUAUGUUUACUGCUGCUGCUGCUACUGUUCCUGCUGUGCGACUGUGACCCAGUGCUGGCUGUGCUGUCGGCACUGGGCCGUGGUAGGCCGGCUCUGCGCGAUCGCGUCAUCUGGCUAACGGGAGCCUCCAGCGGGAUCGGCGAGGCGCUGGCCGUGGAGCUGGCCGCCUGUGGCGCGCGGCUGGCACUCUCCGCCCGGCGGCCGGCCGAGCUAGAGCGCGUGCGCCGCAGGUGUCUGGAGGCGGGCGCUGCGGCCGACCAGGUGCUGGUGCUGCCACUGGACGUGACCGAGUUUGAGCAGCACCGGCCGGCGCUGGACCGGCUGCUGGCGCACUUUGGCCGGCUCGAUGUGCUGGUAAACAACGCCGGCCGGAGCCAGCGGUGCGCCUGGGCCGACACGCGGCCGGCCGUCGACCGGCAGCUGUUCGAGCUGAACGUGUUCGCGCCGGUGGAGCUGACGCGCGUGGCGCUGCCGGAGCUGGUGUCGCGCCGCGGCGGCCAGGUGGUGGUCAUGUCCUCCACGGCUGGCACCUGCCCGGCGCCCUGCUCCGGCUCCUACACCGGCUCCAAGCACGCGCUGCAUGGCUUUUUCGGCGCGCUGCGCUCCGAGCUGUCGGCGGCGGGUCUGCGCGUGACGCUGCUGUGCCCGGGGCCGACGUUUUCGGACCUUCUGCGCAGCGCGUUUGUCGCCGAGCCGGGCCAAGUGUUUGGCGGCGAGAUGUCCGCCUCCGACCGGCGCAUGACCGCCGAGCGCUGCGCUCGGCUCUGCGCAGUGGCCAUCGGCGCCCAGCUGGCCGAGGCCUGGAUUGCCAUCCAGCCUAUUCUGCUCUUCCAGUACUUGAACCACUACACGCCGUGGCUCAUCAACUUUGUGUUCCAGCUGACGGGCGCGCGUCUGGCCAUGCAGCUGAGAGACAGUCGCAACUCGGUCCCAGUCGAGACCAAACAGAAAUGAAUACCGCAGAGAUGAAGAUCAAUGACGGGAGGCCCGGUACGCUGUCCAUUCAUCGCUGUUUUUUUAUACCCACCUUGUACUGGAUUGGAUAUAAGGUUGAGGAAUCUAUAAGGGUAAGGAUUUAGUGGGACUUGUUAGCACACAUGUGUCGCCAAUUCAUGCCAAUCGAUAGUGUGUAAUGUUGUAUUUCCCAGUAAAUAGUCUAUAUUUCAAUAUUUCGACCAGGGUACCAACAUCGUAGCUAUGGGCGGCUAUCCACCUUACGUGGAUAGGAAAACGUAGUUUUUCUGGCAGCCAGUUGUUUGCAUUCGUCGCAAUCAAUGCCGUGUACGAGUUACAAGGUUAUAAAUGUUUUAAUAGAUAUGAAAACAACGGCUAGAAGUGAUAAUAUCUUAGGCAUUUUCCGAUGUCGCAGCUUUUUUCUUUUGGAAAUUAUCGAGCAAUUUCCAUCAAACCCAGACGUUUAUCUGAAACACUGUUUGCCAGUCACCAAAAUGUUGUUGUCCAUAACCAUUCUGCAAUUGAACUGGAAAUGGCUGUUCUGUGACCGGUUGAUGAGCUUAUUACCUCCCGCAAUCGUAGCCGAGAAACUGUUGCUAUUUUUACGUGGUGCUAUAGGUGUAGCAAAUGAAGCGCGUUUGUACAAGCCAUCGAUUACUAUGUGACGGGGGAUAAAUAUUUCGCAAUAUACGCGAUAAA